AUGGAAAAGGACCGCGGUGGUGUAUCUGAAGCUGGCAGACAGUCCGGGAGAUUGAGCUUCGGUUUGGAUCUUUCAAAUCGGCUACAAGACCUGGACCUUAACGGACCUCAACCUGGACCUGGACCUGGACCUGGCCUUGGACCUGGACCUGGACCUGGAUCCGGAUCUGGAUCUGGAUUUGGAUCUUGGAUCGAGGGUUGGGUUAGUCGUUGCAUCAAUCAGACGAUGGCUAGCCUGCAUCCUGAUGCCCCUUGCCUGCGGCAGCCGCGAAAAAAAGAAGGAAAAAGACUUUCGAUUGAUUUUAUCAACUUGGAUCAGGACGUUGGCUGUUGCAUCAGUAAUCAGACGAUGGCUUGUAUCUUCGCCUGUUAUGAUCUUGGAUUAGACGUUGGCCGUUGCAUUAGUAAUCAGACGAUGGCCUACGACCUCGCUUAUUAUCUUAGAUCAGAGGUUGGCUAUUGCAUCAAUAAUCAGACGAUGGCCUUAUGGCUAGCCUGCAUUCUCGCGUGUUAUGAUGCCCCCUUUUUGCGGCAGCCGCGGAAAAAAAAAGAGACUUCCGAUUGGUCUCAUCAAGAAAGCAUUACUUCGACGCCGGCUAAAGCAAAGAAGGAAGAUAGCAUUACUCCGACGCCGGCUGAGGAAAUACAGCAUUCGACGCCGGCUGAAGCAAGGAAGGAAGAUAGCAUUACUCCGACGCCGGCUGAGGAAAUACAACAUUCGACGCCGGCUGAAGCAAGAAAAGAAGACAGCAUUAUUUCGACGCCGGCCGAAGCAAGAAAAGAAGACAGCAUUACUUCGACGCCGGCCGAAGCAAGAAAAAAAAAAAUAGCAUCACUUCGUCGUCGGCUGAGACAGGAAGGAAAGCAUUACCUCGACGCCGGCCGAAGCAAGAAAAAAAGACAGCAUUCCGUCAUCAAGCACACGUCCGUCGCUUGCAAGGAUGUGCAUUCAUUGACUUAA